AUUUAAAUGCAUGAGAAGUUACACGGCAACACAUUUCUGUAAACUCUAUGAAUUUCAAACGUAUACAAAAAGAGAAAAACACCAGCCUAGUUGGUGCAGCUGCAUCAAGAAGAAAUUUCACUUGCUGAGAACCUGAAAGAAGAGGAUGUCCAAACCCAGCAGAAAGAAACACAUCAGUUUGUCCCCUUUCAGGAGGACACAAAAGGCAGCAAACAACAGAAGGCUCUGCAUCAUAUGGAUCAACAGGAUGGUGAAAAAGCAAGUGGAGAAGCAAAUGGGAGAGCUGCGUUCAGAAUUCCUUCUCAUGUUUCAGGACCUGAGAGAGGAGAUGGCGGCUGUGCUUCAGGAAAUAAGAGAGCUGGUUGCAGAAAAAGCAAGAGAGAGAGCCCUACAUCGUGCCAAGGUGGACCAGCAGUGGAUGACAUUAAGAUGGCUAACAACAAUGGAGGAUGAAUACAAGAAGAAAACUGGAGAAGACGAACAAGAUGAAGCACAAUCGCUGAACCUGGGGUCAUUAAGCUUCACCUUUUCUGAAAAAUCCUUAGAUAGCAGUUCCUCCUCAAUGACAAAAACAUCCAAGUGUGAGGUUGAGGACCACUUAAAGAUUUUGUCAGAUGUCUCCAAUCAUACUGAUACGAAUGACGGUGACACAAGUGGUGGUAACACCAGUGAUGUCUGCAAUGAUGCUGAAACCAGCUCACAACCAGCUAAACAUCAGCAACGCAAAAACCGACGAAUUCCAACAGAUGUUGCCAAUGUCGCCAGCCAGCAGAAGAAGGAAUCAGAGGAGGGUGAAAGUUCAAGGAGCUCCUUUCACGGGGACCACAGCUUCAUGAAUGGGGAAUGUGGAGAAAAAGCCCAACUGGACAGAACAAAAGAGGAGGAGGAUUUAGUGAUGGAGAGGCAAUGGAUAGAAUGGAUGGACAAACAGGAAGUGAGUGAAAAAAAAGUGAAUAUCAAAGUAAAGCCAAUUGACCAACUGAAUACUGAAAAACAGGAAGAGGCUGCAGCUCCUGCAUCAAAGGGGGAAAAAAAGGAGCAAAACCCAAAAGGUGUGGGCACAGUGAAGAAAAUGAAGACAUACAUCAGUGGCCUUUUUAAUCCUCAUUCAUCUGAUAAAUGGGUGCGAUUAGAAGAAGAGGACUGACACACUCAUCUCAACAAAACAUUUUUUGUGUGUCCGCAGUGCUUCAUCAAACAUCCAAGAAUGAGCAUUUGAAUUGCUAUAUUCAGUAAAUAAAGCAUUGUGCAUAACGAG